CCCCCUUCUUCCCACCGAGCACCCCAGCAACGAUAUGAGUUUCUGCAAGGACUGCAUCAGCGGCGUUCGCCACGAGGGCACUCCCGAAGGCAAGUUCGAGACGAUCGGUGGAAUCAGGACCUACGUUGCGAAGCCCACCGUCGACUACCCCAAGGACAAAGCCAUCCUCUUCCUAACCGACGUCUUUGGACCCGAGCUUCAGAACAGUCUCCUUCUUGCCGACGACUUCGCCAGGAAUGGCUUCCAAGUCUACCUCCCUGAUCUGUUCGGCGGCGAUCCCGUCCCUGUCGACGCUCUCAACCCCGGGUCAAACUAUGACAUCAUGAAGUGGUUCCCGAACCACGGGCAAGCGCAGACGCGUCCUGUCAUCGACGCUGUUGUCAAAGCGCUUAAGGAACAAGGCAUCGCCGCCAUCGGUGCCUCUGGAUACUGCUAUGGAGGUCGCUACGUCUUUGAUCUUGCCUUUGACGGCGUUACCGCCGUGUCCGUAGUCGCCCACCCUUCGCUCCUCCAGCUCGAGGAUCUCGACAAAUAUGCAGCGUCCGCGAAGGCUCCCCUUCUAAUCAAUAGCUGUGAGGUGGACACACAAUUCCCCGCCGAGAAGCAGGCCAAGGCAGAUGCGGUACUCGGCGAUGGAAAGUUUGCGCCUGGAUACUUGAGGACUUACUUUGAUGGCUGCACCCACGGGUUCUCGGUCCGUGGUGACAUGAGCGACCCGAAGGUUAAGGCUGGCAAGGAGGGGGCGUUCAAAUCGUCUGUCGAGUGGUUCCUCAAGUAUCUGUAAGCGUGGGCCUUCGGAUGAGAAGUCAUUGUGAAGAAGCUGUAUGCAGACUGUACUUGCGGAGCAUGGACUACACAUAUGUAUCGAGUGCAUUAUUGUUCAUUUAGAUUGAAGUUC